GCGGUUAACCGUCACUAAAUCUUGUCCUUAAAUUAAUUUAAAAAUGCUGAAAACGAGAUACGACGCCGUUAAACCAGCGGCGAGUAGAGAGAGAAAAUUUAGGAAUACAGAACCAAACAGUUUUUUAACGUAUCACUUUGUCUCAACAGUUCUGAACUUCUAUUUCAUAAAUUAUUUGAAAUUAUCGAGAGAUAAUUUGAAUUCAAUCUUUGUUUAUUAGAAUUCUGUGUUAAUUAUUGUUUGAAUGAUCGAGAUUCAAGUAAUUAAUUGGGGGGUUUUGGAAAUUGGUGAUUGAAUUAUGGGAUUGGGUGAUGUUGAUCUUUUGGAUGACGGAGGAGGAGAUAGGGGGAAGGGGACGCCGGGUGCGGUGUCGUGCUCGAUAUGCUUAGAGGCAGUGAUGGAUAAUGGGGAGAGAUCUUGGGCCAAGCUUCAAUGCGGUCAUCAAUUCCACCUUGAUUGUAUAGGUUCUGCAUUCAAUAGUAAGGGUGCAAUGCAGUGUCCCAAUUGUCGGAAAAUUGAGAAAGGUCAAUGGCUCUAUGCAAGUUGUAGUCGCACACAGCCUGAUUUAAGCACGGAUGAUUGGCAGCAUGAGGAGGAUCUAUAUGAUAUAAGUUUCUCUGAAAUGUCAUUUGGAGUUCAUUGGUGUCCAUUUAGUGGGUUAACGAGGCUCACUUCAUCUUUUGAUGAACGAGAAUUCUCAGCAAAUGCAUAUCAUGAUCUUGGGCAACAUACUAUCUUUGCGGAACAUACAACUGGAUCAUCCUCAAAUCCUCCUUGUCCCCCGUUUAUUGCCUACAUAGGACCUAUUCGCCCAUCCUCUUUAACCUCUAGUAGAAAUGUUUCGGAUGGAUCCAAUAUUAACAAUCACUGGAUUGGCCCAUCAGUUCCAAGUGAGAUCCCUAGUUCUUAUUCUUUUCUCGUGGAUGUACAUUAUCACUGUUUGGAAUCCGAUUCCUCUCCUUACGCUACUAGCAAUCACAUCGGUGGUGCAGAUCAGUCCUCAAUUCAUUCUGUGACUCGGAGCACAGCCAGGACCAAUUCUGAUGUGCCAAGACCUGGAACUUUCACACACCCAUUCCUUGUCAGUCAAAGUUCGUCUAGUAGAGCUCCCAGCUCAGUUACCUCAUCAGACAUUCCUCCUUACUCCAGUCGUGUUACUCGGGGGGUACGUGAUCGUGUUCAGUCUCUUCAAAGAUAUCAUCAGCGACCAAGUGGCAACCCAACGGCACACACACUUCCUACAGCUGUCGGGCAAAGAUCCUAUAGCAACAGGGGAUUGGCUCAAGUUGCACCUCCAGCCUCAACAUCAGAUCGGUCCAGUGGCUUUUACUUCUUCUCAUCAGGUUCAUCUAGAAGAACCUUCCCCGAAGGACGACAACCUAAUCCCAGUCGUCAUAAUCCUUGGGGAAGAGACCAGGUUGAAAGAGAAUCAAUAUGGGGACCAUUUUACCCGACAGCUAGUGGACCUGAUACAGGAAUCCGAUCCAGCAGUUAUCAACAGAGGCAUGGAUCCGAGAGGGUGCUAUCUCAAAAUCGUUGGUAGACUGUUAUUUUCUGUUCCUGAUGGAAUCUGUGAUUACAAUGGUCUGAAACCCAGUUGAUGUAUGUGUUGAGGGACUAUUUCAAUGGUUGGGGUAUGCCAACCAUGCAAACCUUGAACUAUCGCGCGAACUUGAAAUUAUCGCUGUUCAGCAGCUACGAGCUUUGUGAUUUGACUUUAACUUUGGCUUUUGCUAAUUUGCUGCAGAUAAUAAUCUACCAGCAUUUCUUGUGUUGUGUACACCACCACCUAUGUUUUAGAAACUAUCUGCUUCGGUCCGAUGAAAUUAUUUGUUUAAUUUGGAGUCAGCUUGUUUGUCAA